AUGAUUGGUCAACAUUUGUUGCAACAACAACGUUUACAUUAUAAUCAUGAUCGGUUACUUGAACGAUAUCAGCGUCUUCUCUCACCACAAAUAUCUGAAUUUCGGCCAUUUGGUUCCAGUUCAUUACCAGGUCGGAAUUAUGAGAGACACUUAAAUAGUGUGAAUGGUAAUCAGAAUCAAAGAGACUCGUUAGUUGCACUAUCACGAGCAGGAAUUGGCUCAUCCAGUGAGACAUAUCGAUUUAUCGGCGAAAGAUCAUCGGAAAUUCUACCAAAAAAUGUGAGUUCUGUCAUGAAGCAUACUCGAGAACAAUCCCUACCAUUUGUACAUGCAGAAAAAUUCGAACCCGUUCAAGUUUAUGAACACCCAAUAUUUGGACUAACGCCUGCUUACAUUCGACCUUUAGAUAGUAAAAGAUCAAAUUUGGAGGAUAUUAAUGACGAAGAUAGUAGCGAUGAGGAUGAAAGCGAUAAUGAAGUUCGAUCACAUGCAACAGGUGAUACUUCUUUAAAACUUGACCAACAUGACGAAACAAAAAAUUCGUCAACUACUGUUAAAGAUAAUGAUAACGAUGAUGAAGAUCUAUCCAAGUUUAUUCCUAAAGGAUAUAUAUCAUAUAGACAAUGGAAAGAAAAAUAUGAAAAUCUUAUUCCAGUUAAUCCUCUGCUUUAUAGUAUUUACACUCGGCGUACAAAUGGAUCGAUUAAUAGUUACGGUCAAUCAUUAUAUGCAUCACUCAAUCAUACUAGACCUCAUAGGCCAUCAAAUCGUGAUGAAGAUGUGUCUACUCCAACUCUAUCAGAUAUUGGUUCUGUUUCUUCUGAACUACCUCAUGAAACUUCAUUAUCAUCAAGUCGACAGUAUCAAAGAUUGCAACCAAAAUUGCUUCCUGUAACUGUCAAACCACGACCCUUAGAACCGAUGCGUACAGGAAAUAACAAUGAUUCAUUCAACAACGAAUCAAGUCCACCUGACUCGCCUGUACCAUAUUUAUCAAGAAAUAAACCUAGUUUUAUCACGCCAACGCCAGUAUCUGAGACUAUACCAUUAACAUCAACGACAUCAUUAUCAUCAGUUCCAACAAUAGGGCUAACGUCGACACCAUCAAUAUCAACAUCGGAAAUAACACCAACGUUGAAUACAUCUAUUGAUAAAACUACAGAUAUAUUGCCUUCGCCGUCAGCAACUAUAAAUACGUCGAAUGUUCCUCUUGCACCACCUAUGCCUCCGUCUCUACUCGCAACAACACCUACUCCUUCGUACCAAACACCUUCAAAUCUCCCAAUAGCAUCAAUUCCGACAGCACCUCCUCUACCUAAAGCUUUCUCAGUUUCAAGUUCAACUGCUACAUAUCAAACGCCUUCAAAUGCCUAUACUCCUAUGCCAUCCGUUUCUAGUUCGAUGCCCAUGGAAAAUUCCACAAAAGCAGUUACUUUUGGUGGUUCAUCGUCAAUUCUUAUAGGACAAAAUAAUGUUUCAAGUAGUAGUGAUAGUGAUGAUGAUGAUGCUGAAAAAAAGAAACGUCGACGACGAAAGAAAAAAGAAGCACUAGCCAAUACGGGUGUUGCUGUAGAUUCAUCAUCUUCAGACGACUGA